AGCUAUAAUAAUUUUCCCAUUUUUUUUUUGGCUUCACAUCGAUAAAGUAGUGUGUUAAGUGAUAAUACACGACUGAUUACAAUUUACACCUCCGAGUUCCGAUUCUGAAUCGGUGAUCAUCGAUGUUGAAUUACUGAAUUAUUCAUAUUAUUUCUUUAAAUUUGCCUUCCAUUUUGCAGUUUACUUUCCAGCAUACGAUUCCUUCAAUUCUGUAUCAACGUCUAGAAUAAUUAUUUGAGAAUCGACUUUCGCUUUAAGAUAAUUCUAUCGAAAUAGUUUUCUUCAAUAUGGAGGACGAUCUGCCAUCCAAGUAUGAAGUGAUUGUCAUUGGCACUGGUAUGACUGAGUCAAUUGUUGCUGCUGCUGCUAGUCGAAUUGGAAAACGAGUUUUACACUUAGAUAGAAAUGACUAUUAUGGUGGUAUGUGGGCAUCAUUUACAUUUGAAGCUCUUCAAAAAUGGCUAGAUGAAUGCAGAAAUGGAAAAACAAAUGAUUUUGUGAAAACAUCUUCUCCAUUAGUGCAAGACACUGAAAAGUCUAUAACUAUAGGCAAUCAAUUUUCCACUGUAUUUAAUAUUGAAGAAAAAUGGUUUAUUCCUGAAAAACUUCCUUCAGUUGGUAAUUUGCUUAGUGCAAAAAAUACUCAAACUGAAGAUAGUCCAAAAGAAAGUAAAGAUGGAUUGACUGAAACUGAGGCUACAUUAAAACAAAAUGAUAAACUUUGGUGUCAAGCUAAAAUUAAAACCAUGGGGCGAAAAUUUAACUUGGAUUUAGCACCUAAAUUACUUUUCUCUCGUGGCACAUUAGUAGAACUUCUUAUUUCAUCAAAUAUCUCUCGUUAUGCUGAAUUUCGAUGUGUAAAUCGUAUUCUUACAUGGCAGUCGAAUAAAUUGGAAACUGUUCCAUGUUCUCGAGCAGAUGUGUUUGCUACUAAGAAUGUUGGACUUAUUGAAAAGCGACAAUUAAUGCAACUAUUGACUUUAUGUGUUGAGUAUAAGCCAGAGAGUGAUGAAUUUAAAGGGUUUGAAGAUAAAACAUUAAAACAAUACUUAGAAAGCAAAAGCUUAACAGAAAAUUUAAUGCAUUAUGUAUUAUAUGCUAUUGCAAUGUCAAAUGAUACAACACCAUGUAUGGUGGGUGUUGAAAGAACUCAACGGUUCCUAAGUAGCCUUGGUCGUUAUGGUAACACACCAUUUUUGUGGCCCAUGUAUGGUACUGGAGAACUUCCACAAUGUUUUUGUCGACUAUGCGCUGUGUUUGGAGGCGUGUAUCAUCUGAAACGGGCAGCUGAUAGUGUUAUAGUAGCAAACAAUGAAUGUAAAGCUAUUUUAUCUGAUGGAUCCCGACUUGAUUGUGAUCAUCUUGUAAUGGGUGUUGCUGAUGCUCCUCCAGAAUUCUUAGGCUCUGUUCCUAAAGCAGGUCUUUCAAGAGGCAUUUUUAUAAUUGAUAGAUCAAUAUCUACUACUGAUAAGGAGUCUUUGACAUUACUUCAAUUUCCAAUUAAAGGGAAAGAGCCAAUAACAGUAAUUGAAGCUGGACCAUCUACUCACGUUUGUCCACCUGGACUAUAUUUACUACACAUGACCACCAAACAAAUAGAUAACGCAGUAAAUGAUUUAAAACCAGCUGUUGAUGCAUUAUUACAUUCUGAAUAUGCAGAUGGUACUACAAUUAGAAUAAAUACUGACACUCAAUCAACUCAAACAUCAAAAGAGGGAGAUUCUUCUGCAUCGAGUGGGGAGUCAAGUAUACUAAAUGAAUCAUUAAAACCUCAAAUUUUAUAUGCACUUUAUUUUAAUUGUCCUGAAACAUCUGAAUAUGAUCUAUCGCAAAAUGUUCCGAACAAUGUUUAUUUGUGUUCAGGACCCGAUCUAGCUGUUGAUUAUGAGUUUGCUGUUAAACAAGCAAAAUCUAUUUUUUCAAAAAUGUAUCCAGAUUCUGAAUUUUUGCCUCGUGCUCCUGAUCCUGAAGAACUAUCUCUUGAAGUUGAUGAAGCUGCUGGUCCUCCUUUCCAAAGUUCUGAAGAACCUAAAGAAGAAUGAAUUAACUUAUAAAAUAUCCUGCAAUUGCUUAAUUUUUAUUCUGAUAGGCUAUUAUUUUACCAAUUUAAUUUAAGAUAAUUGUUAGCUUUUUAUACUUGUAUUAUUGGUUAGGUUAGCAAUUUUUAAUCAUUUAGCAUUUUUUUAAUAUAUUAAAACAAUACUUAUAUUUAAUAAAUCUUAAAAAAAGAGUUCAUAUUAAAAAAGUAGUUAUUACUAAAUGGAAAUUUUUUUUGUUAAAUUUAUGAUAUCUUGCUAAUAAUAAUUUAUUAUGAGAGUCUAUACUUAAUUAUGAAUUGCUAAAUCUCAAAACUAAAUUAUUCAAUUUUGUUAUAAAUAAUAUAAUUUCAUUGAUUUACACAGUUGGAAAACAAUUUAUUUUGAUAACAGGAUUUGAACAGAUAAAUGUAUAAUAACUAUGUUUUUAUAUGUUUCGUUUUAUUGUUUAUGUUUAAACAACUGCACAAUCUAUCAUAAAAUAUUUAUUGUAUCCAAAAUAUGAACUCUUGAUUACAUUCCAAAGUUUUUUUUUAAAUGUUUUUUGGUAACUAGGGGUUUUUAUACUUUUAUCAUUAAAUUACUAAUAGAUUUUUAGAAAAUACAGUUUCACUGAAAGUAGUAAAAUCUCACAUAAUUUUAAUUAAUUACAUGAUAAAAAGUUUAAAAGGUUAUAAAUAUCUUAACUGUAUUUAAUUAAUGAUUCAAUCAUGUGGUUACUGUAAUUUACAUCCUUUAAUUAGGAUUAUUAUCUUAGUAUUGAGUAAUAUAUUAACACAUAAGAAAGUUUUUACUUACAGAUAAAAUAUCAUUCUACAAAUAUUGGUAUUUUUAAUCUAUUAUUCAUUUGAGAUAUAUUUGAAUAUUUGAUAGUUUAUAAUUUUUAUUAAAUUUUAAAUGACCAUGUUUAACAUUGCACCACAGAUACUUGCUUAAAUAAUUGAAAUUCUUAAUGCGUAUAGAAAUAUAAAUAACCAUAUAAUAUGUCAAUAUUAAAUAUUUGUUUUAUAUUAGUUUAAUAAUUAUUGUGUUAAAAACAAUUUGUUUCGGUUCCUUUUUAUUUCUAAAUUUUCUAGUCAGCAAAUGUUAUUUGAUUUUCACCGUUUGGUAAAUAAUCUUUUAUAAUUUUAAAUUUGUUCCUUUUUUAAAUUUUUAUUGAUGCUUAUUUUAAGUUUGAUUUUUUUUUUUUUUACUCUAUAUUUUACUGUAUGGCCUUUAAAUAUUAUCUCAUUAUAUUGCUAUAUUAUUAUUUAUUUUUAAUCUAAUAAUUUAUUGAUAAUAGAUAUAAAAAUAAAACGACAUUUUUGAAUCUGUUGCUUUUUGCAAUAACUUACUUGGUGAUUUGGUUUUUAAUUUUUAUAUGUAGAAUAAAUAUAGUUAAUUAAAAUUUA